AUGCAGCUCGAAUGCAGCUCGAGUGAAAUCCGCUCUGCUUUCAGAGCCGUUCCCUCGCCUCAAGGCAGACGCACCCAACGGACCGCGGCGCGCCCGCCUGGCCCGCGUUCCGCCAAUCUAAGUCACGUGCGUCUGGCGCUUCUUCGCUUCUUCCGCUUCCCCCCUUCCGAAAUUCUUGGACGCGACGGGUCGCUGAGCCGCCGCCGCCACCUCGGACGGACGCGUUUCGAUUUUUCAGCACCUCCGCAUCCUUGGGCUCCGCCGCCAUGCGAGCUCAUCACCGAAAAGAAGGAUCGGCUCGCUUUCGAACGUCGAGUGUGGAGGAGCCACUCGCCGGCAGCGCUCUUCGCCCUUCGCCCUUCCUCCUUCUCAUCACAGCAUUCGGCGUCUCCGCCUGCCUCUGCCCCGACCAUCCCAGGCCCUCCCAACACCACGACGAAUAGGCGCAGCCAGCCGAGCUCAGCCGUCGAGCCUUUCUCCAUCUCUCCUUGGCCGCGCAUCCGUUCCUCGCCGCCAGCCUUCAGCCCUCCACCCACUCGGCCUCUGAAGCAGACUGGCUCAUAUCGCCAGCUUCUGCAUUGGUUUGACUUUCUCACGACGUCUCAACAUCACCUCUCGCCCCUCUGCGAUCCGCUUCGACGGUCUUCGGCGCGCAUCCCCCCGUCGACAAACAUUAUUUACUCCGCCGCAGCCCCUCAGUCUCGCCUCGAUGGCAGCAUCGACAUGGACGCCACCAGCGCUGAUCAGACGGCGAUCACGGCCACGGAGCCAACGCCUGCUACCGCCAGCAGUCAGCAGCAGCCUGGGCCCGAGAAGGUCGAUGGCAAGUCACCAGAACCAGAGAACAACGUGUCAACCAGCGCACCUCGCGGAUCGGCACCACCACCGCCGGAUGUCGCAAGCACCAACGCACCCUCGCAAGCCGCAGGACCAUCCACCUUGAAGCCUGCUCCACCGCCUCCGGCUGUCCACCCAAAGCCAAAGGUCUUUCUCAAAAGCUCAGCGCCCGACCUGCCCUUGCACAUCCACAUCCCACGCGAGCUUACGCCCGAAGUAUUCAGGGAGCUCUCGAUCACCAUUCGUUCGCACGGUGGCGUCAUCGAGUCUCGCCUAGGCAAAGCAGACCUAAUCGUCGUUGACCCCGACAUGCCCACCGCCGCAAAACGGUACCUGAGGGAAGCCAGGCAGAUUGGCCAACCUAUCCCCGUUGUGGUCAUCAACUACCUUCAUGACUCGGUCGCCUUCGGUCUCCGCGCCGAUCCAGAGGAUCCAAAGUACAAGUUUGACGGCAUCCCGCCAGCCGCAGAUCCCUCGACCCGAGCACAGACUGCACCCGUCCAGCGUUCCCACAACGGUCGCAAUCCUUACACAGAAGACGAUCGCAAGGCCAUCAUCUCGUACUUUGUAGAGAAGCACGAGUCAACCUGGAGCCUCAAUUCCGCCGCCAAGGAGCUUGCCGAUCUCCUUCCCACCCACUCAUCGGCCAGCUUCCAGUCUUACCUGCAAGCAAACUUUGAAAAGGGCUGGAACCUCAAAAAGCGCAUCCUGGCCACUCGCCAGCAACUUUUAGACGCCGAGCCUUCCGAGCUGCAAGCACGCAUCCUGCGAUCCAGGUAUACCGCCUCCCCUUCCCUCGCAGAACAGUCGGAGCCCUCAGAAGGCUGGCCAGCAACGUCCCCUCAACCUGCACAGCGAUCCCCGAGUCCGCGCACAUCUGGCGCUGCAGCUCAAGUCAGCAGCAGCAAUGCUCCUGCAGAGAGCGACACUGACGAUCUCGAGGUGCGGCGGCCCCAACCAGGGUCCGCAGUCCAAGAGGUAGAGAAGAGCCCAACCAAGCAGGGCCGCAACCCGGAUGCGUCAACGUCGCAACACCUCCAUCUUGAAGUGCAGCCCCGAUCCACCGAAUCACCGCCCUCGUCUCUCGAGCUUCCGUCGGGCCAGCGUGCUCUUCUCACCCAAUCUGCACCCGCUCGGGCCUCGUCCAUCGACGAGGAAUCGGAUCCCGAAACGUUUUCAGAGGCCAUCCUCAAGCAGCUCCGCGAACAGGAGGCCGGACGCGCCAAGUCAUCGCCAAAGGCAAAGAAGAAGCCUACACGCAGACGACGCAGGUCUAGCGCCUCCGAAUCUUCCGCCCACGCAUCUGAAGUCGACGAGCUCGAGCCAUCUCAGGAGCAAGGCACCAACGGUAGGACACAAAAUCAAGCCGCUGGUGCCCCUGAGCGAUUCGAGCAUCCAGACGACGAAGACUCGGAGUGGGAAGGCACCCGUCUGGCAGAGAGGAGCAUCCGCAAGAAGAUCCACAAUCCGGACAAGAAAUCGCACGUCAAAUUCACAGAGGCGGAGAAAGACGAGCUCCUUCGGCGGCUUGCCGAGUACGUUCAACAGCAGGGGCAUGUACCCGACGCAUCGACGCAGCAAGCGCUUCUGGCCAAGCCCUCAGAUGCCUUCUGGGAAGAAUUCGCUGAACGCAACUCAACGCACUCGGCCUUGUCUUGGCGCAGCCACUACCUCAAGAACCGUGCCACGUACAAACAGAUGAUCGAUCUCAUCAUCGCCGAGGGCGACAACGAGCUCAGCGAGUCCAGCUCAUACGCGGAUGCCGACGAUAACGAAAGCCAGUCGUCCAUCGCCGAGCGCAAGGCCAACGACGGGGAGGGCGCCGUUCCGAGCGAUGCAGCCGCUCCACAGGAAGGCUCGCCUCGAGCUCUGGACGGAGCCAGAUCUUCGGAUGAAAGGGCUGAAGCAUCAGCGCGCGACAGGAGCAUGCCAGAUGAUGGUAUCGUGGUGGAAAUCCCCUUGCUCGCUACCUCGGAACCACCUGGUUCGGUGCAGGACACCGCGCCGUUUCCAUCUCCAAGGCAGGAGGGCCGACAUACUUCACCUGCAGCGAUCGCGAUGCAGGAGGUCCAGUGGCCCGGGGAGAUGACUCCGCCUCUCAUGGAAGAAGAGGACGAAGACGUGCUUCAAGUCGAGGUCGCAGUCAACCCGCAUGAACGACAGCCAACGCCUCUUCCUGAGGUGUUGGCCGCCUCCCAUGCCUCCGAGCAGCUGCAAGAGGAUGCGGAUGAUGCUGACGAUUCGGACGACGACUACGAGCUGGAAGAAGCGAGCCAGUCCUCAUACGACGGCGAGUCAGAAGAGGCGAGCGAAUCAGACGAGGGCGACGCUUCGGAAGAAGUUGAAAAGUCGAGCGAAGCAGAGGAGUCGGAAGAAAUUGGAAAGUCGGGCGAAGCAGAGAAGACGGGCGAAGUCGCCCAGGAAGAGGCAGCAGAUGCGGUGUUUGACACCUCAGCAUCAAACAUCUCCUCGGCAGCGGAACAACAAGGAGUGCUGAAAUCACCGGCAACAAAGCGACCCGUCGACAUCGGGACACCUGUCUUGGCUCAGCAUCGCAACACCACCUUUGUCGACUUUUCGAUCGACAGCGAUGAGGAGCAGCGCAUCCGCAAGGCAAGGUCUCGGCCAUCUUUGCCAAACCUUGCCGCGAGGCCAGAAAGGCCAGUGUCCGGGUCACCCAGGGGUAAUCGGAUCCUUGAUUUCCGUGCACUGCUACCGCGGGUUCAACAGGCGAGCGCGGCUCGAUCGCCGCAGCGCGAAUCGAGUCGCACGGAAGAGGAGAGGGCCCAGCGGGUAUCAGAUUGGACUCGGAGUGUCUCUGCUUCGCCUUCGUCCAGAAGUCCAGAGAUUCCGCAGGGAGUGCAGGCGCCUGUGGCCGGCGAGACGUCCAGGUCGAGAGCCAGCCGCAUCAACCGCGAAGCCCUAAUCGGUGCAGAGCGCAUCCUGCCGAUCUCACCAAAGCUGCGGCAGGCGCCGCGUGGAUUGGAACGGGAGAGCGUGAGUGUCCAGCGCAGCAGUGUGCCCUCUUCGAGCCGGAUUGCAUCGGCAGGGGCGCCCGCGGAAGGUCGUGCCGCUUCAAAGACCGACGAAGUGGCUGCGCGCUUGCAGUACCGCGCCGAUGUGGAGCGAUUUCGUCAAGACUUCGGCUUGAACAAGGAAGAGCUGCGCGAGUUGCUGAUGCGCUUCAGAGCCAGCGUCAAAGAUGCACGCAGAUUCAUUGACCGCUGGCUCGCAAGGGUGACCGAAUCGUACGGCGUCGAGGCCGCUGUGGCGUUCGAGUACGUCAAGACGUCUCGCGGCGACUUUGAGCAGGCCGAAACCUUCCUCAAACUGGCUUCUCUCACUCGAUCUGGCAGUCGUUCUGGCCGAGCCGACACGAGCCUUUCGCGCAGCAGGGUCCCUUCGACAAGUCCGAGCAAACGGCCGGGACGUAGCGACGAACGAGACUCUAGGCUCUUCGGCGCGCCGGAGGCUCGCACCCCGCCUUCCAAGAGAUCGAGAAGGUGA